GUCGACGUGUUAGAAAACAGUCGUGGAUUGACGGUCAGCGUAAUUAGAUCGUCGUCACGUUUAUGUUUGCGGUUAACGUUCGUUAAUUUGACGUUUAUUUGAAAAAAGAGAAUCAAUUUAUUCUCGGCACUAUGGCCAAGUUUUUGAGGGAAGCGUCGCAGCUUCUUUUCUCGAAAAAAUGUCUGGAAGUAUAUUUCGACAAAUAUCAUUUUACAGACGUCGACUGCUUCAAGGCGACCUUGAGCAAGGGUCUGGGUCUCGGUGUGAUCGCAGGUUCACUUUUAGUCAAAGUGCCUCAGAUCGUAAAAAUUUUGAAAAACAAGAGUAGCGAGGGCAUCAACGUGCUGAGCGUCCUCCUCGAUCUGUUUGCCAUCACGGCGAUGGUUUCUUACAGUUUCGUGAGCGGUUUUCCAUUCAGUGCUUGGGGCGAUGGAGUGUUUUUGGGAAUACAAACGUUGACGAUCGUACUUUUGGUUUUCCAUUACAACGACGACACUGCAAAGGCGACAGCAUUUUUUGCAGGUUAUGUUGCGAUCAUGAUUGCUGUUCUGGGAGGAAUGAUGCCAAUGAACGUUUUGUGGGCGUGUCAAACUCUCAACAUUCCCAUCGUCCUUAUAAGCAAGCUCGCGCAAGCCCGAACCAACUACAAAAACGGGAGCACCGGUCAGCUGUCAGCGGUGACCUGUUUCAUGCUCUUCUUCGGUUCGCUCGCACGAAUAUUCACUUCUGUCCAAGAAACUGGAGACACGACGAUGAUCGCGAUGUACGUUUGCUCGACGUCUGCGAACGGUUUGAUCGUUGCUCAGUUGCUGUACUACUGGAACGCUGUGACGGCCAAGAAGGCGAUCGACAAGAAAAAGAAACAGUAAAAUUUUCGUUGAAAGAUCAAUUCUGACAGUGUUUUUGUAUUUUGUUUUCUCUUUUUUAUCAACAUACCA